CAUCAAUCAAUAAUAAGAUCAUCAGAUACAUUUAUUCUCUCUGUAUUUUUCUCUUUAUACAUUGAAUUUUUUACAUGGUAUCAGAGCAGGUUUAGAACCUAGUAUUUUCGCUUCCCCGGCGGGCGGCAACCUCACCUUAGCCGCCCGCCGAGACCUCAACCUAGUCCUUUUUGUUGGAAUGAUCCUCAUUCUCAUCUUUGGCUGCUGUGCAUUAGCUCUAACACCACCUCGCCGAAGCAAACCCAAAAUCCCUCUGGGACAUUUCGUCGAACACCAUGUCUGCAACAAUCUGGGCUGGUUACAACUCAUUGUGGAAUGGCCGAGCACAGCGAGUCUGAUUCCAAAGGUGAGUCGUUCAUGGACACGAUCGUUGAGAAGCUUCACAGCGACGAUUCCUCAUCAUCGUCCUUCGAAUCCAAUUCCGAUAAGAAUCCCAAGUCUUCAGUCAAGACCAAGAUUUUUCGAUUGUUCGGCAGAGAAAAACCACUUCACAAGGUCUUCGGUGGUGGCAAACCUGCUGACAUAUUCUUGUGGAAGAACAAGAAGAUAUCUGCUGGUGUCCUUGUGGGGGCCACUGCAAUCUGGAUCCUGUUCGAAUUGGUCGAAUACCACCUUCUUACUCUAGUGUGCCAUAUAUUGAUAUUGUUGCUUGCAACCUUGUUCCUAUGGUCCAAUGCAACAACAUUCAUCAAGAAGUCUUCUCCACAUAUUCCAGAAGUUCAGCUCCCGGAGGAACCAAUCCUUAAAGCAGAAGCAACUUCAAGGAAUGGAUCUGCAAAACCUUUGGCCUAACCAUGGUUCUCUAUUUUCAUCUCUCUUUCCUUCUCUCACUCUCUCGGCAGCUUUAACAAAAACAAAUAAAAUAAAAUAACAAUAAAAUAAAAUAAACAAUACCCACCAACAACAAAUAACAUAAAUAAAUACAUCAGCACAUGCAUUGAACCUCCUCGGGCCACCCAUUCACUAUUCUUAUUUUAACAUAUUUUCCAUUUUAACAUAUUUUAACAUCUUUUCCACCCAACACCAUCAUCACAUUUUCCACUUUUUUUAACAUCUGUCAUCUCCAUCAUUUGCCUUCAUUUAUUCCACCCACCAAACGCCUAUGCUUUCCCCAUUAAUACAUUUUUUAUUUUUAUUAUUCUUAUUAUUCUUCCCACCUUUCUUUUUUUUUCAUUAUCUAUUCCUCAUCACCAUGCUCUUCCACAACAACAGAACACAAAAAUAAAAUAAAAUAAAAUAAAAAUAAACAAA